CUAAUGUUGCCGUGGUAACAACUCAUGCUGAUAUAAUUGAGAACAUCUUAUACAUCCUGGUUUGAACAUUUUCUCCCUGCCAUUUUGAGUUGUUCUAGUGGUAUAUGAAGGAGACUACGAUAACCAGCUUGAAAGAAAUUAAAUCUCGUUAUACACAUCUUUGGCAUUAAUCUGUUGUUUACUAGUGAUAUCUCAUGCUGGGCAGUUAUGCUUUGCUUCUAGGGGCUUUUCUUUUUUAAACAAAAGAAAGCUAUUUUCAUUUUCUGUGUGCUGCAUGUUCCAGUGUAUGUGUUUACACCAUCGGUUCGUCUACCUCUAGAGAUUAGCAUAACUCCCUUUGCUGUUGGAUUGUUGUUUUGAGCAAUAUGUUUUGGAAAGGUUGAUUUUCAUCAUGAGUGCUCGCAAAUCAUCAGAAGCAUCUGCUUGCUCCUCUUCAGAAAUAUCUGUGAAAGAGUUUCUAGCCAAAGCCAAAGAAGACUUUCUUAAAAAAUGGGAAAAUCCUGCUCCGAAUAAUGCUGGGCUGGAGGAUUUUGAAAGGAAAAAAACCCUUGGAACGGGUUCAUUUGGAAGAGUCAUGUUGGUAAAACAUAAAGCCACUGAACAGUAUUAUGCCAUGAAGAUCUUAGAUAAGCAGAAGGUUGUUAAGCUGAAGCAAAUAGAGCACACCUUGAAUGAGAAAAGAAUAUUACAGGCGGUGAAUUUUCCUUUUCUUGUUCGACUGGAGUACGCUUUUAAGGAUAAUUCUAAUUUAUACAUGGUUAUGGAAUAUGUCCCUGGGGGUGAAAUGUUUUCACAUCUAAGAAGAAUUGGAAGGUUCAGUGAACCCCAUGCACGGUUCUAUGCAGCUCAGAUAGUGCUAACAUUCGAGUACCUCCAUUCACUAGACCUCAUCUACAGAGAUCUAAAACCUGAAAAUCUCUUAAUUGACCACCAAGGGUAUAUCCAGGUUACAGACUUCGGGUUUGCCAAAAGAGUUAAAGGCAGAACUUGGACAUUAUGUGGCACUCCAGAAUAUUUGGCUCCAGAGAUCAUCCUCAGCAAGGGCUACAAUAAGGCAGUGGAUUGGUGGGCAUUAGGCGUGUUAAUCUAUGAAAUGGCAGCUGGCUAUCCCCCAUUCUUUGCAGACCAACCAAUUCAGAUUUAUGAAAAGAUUGUUUCUGGAAAGGUCCGAUUCCCAUCGCACUUCAGUUCAGAUCUCAAGGACCUUCUAAGGAACCUGCUGCAGGUGGAUUUGACGAAGCGGUUUGGAAACCUGAAGAAUGGCGUGAGUGAUAUAAAAACUCACAAGUGGUUUGCCACCACAGAUUGGAUUGCUAUUUACCAGAGGAAGGUUGAAGCACCAUUCAUACCAAAGUUCAGAGGCUCUGGAGAUACCAGCAACUUUGAUGACUAUGAAGAAGAAGAUAUCCGCGUCUCUAUAACAGAAAAAUGUGCAAAAGAAUUUUGUGAAUUUUAAAGCCGAGCAACAAGAUGACAUCAGAACUCACACUCAGUCUUUGCACUCUGUUGGGAGAUAUGGUGGAGCUGAGACCGUCCUUGUUGAAGCAGUUACCUAGUUCUGUCAUUCCAGCGACUGAGUGAGGUCUUUAUUGCCAUCCGUGUGUGCGCUCUGCAUCCACCUCUGUAACAAGGCACCGCUAAGCAAAGCAUUGUCUGUGCCAUAACACACAACUAGACACUUUCCUGCUUCCCUUUGGUUCUCCUGCCCUACGUCUAUUUCUUCCUUUUUCAUUUUCAUCAGUUUUUCUCCAAACAGUACUCCACUUUAUUUUGUUGGUGUUUCAGAUGGGCAGUGUUAUGGCUCUGUGAUAUUUCCAAGGAAGGAUAAGUGUUGCCUUUGGUAGUUCUUGCCAUUAUUUUUGUUGGUCAGUGGCUUGAGGAUAUACUUCCAAUAACUAUUUUUACUUUGAGUAGCUCAGACUCAGUUUUGCCAAAACUUUUGACAAUUUUUGAAGACAGUUUUUUGUCUCAUCAACAAAGCAGUUUAUACAAAACAAAACAAUAACUUUCGUAGAAUUCACUGUUCUGGCAAGACACUUGGAUAGACUAACAUCGAGUAGUUAGCCCCAGCAGUUUGAAUUUCUAGAGAUCAGAGGCUCUAUUUCCCUUCACUACCUUUUGUAUCAUCUUCCCCUUGAGUAAUUAAGUGACCAGCUGUGCAGUGUGACAAAUGUGUCUCCUUCACAGGAAAAACUAAUGCUAUGGAUCAUCACUUGGUACCAGCAUUUCUGUAGGUAUUAGAGCUAGCUCUAAGAUUUCUAAACCUUCACUUCUCCAUAAGCGUUUUAGCCAGUAUUUUAACAGAAGGUGACUGAAGAAGAAAGUGACAAUUUUUAAGUUUCUCAAAUAGUCCUCAUUAUAAACUUUUUAAAGGAAAAGAAUUAAAAACAUUAAUGCGGACAAAUACCUGCUGAGUCAAACAAAUGGCUUGAUACUUGUAAACAGUAUAGAGAUGCUCUUAUUUAUAUGAGGUUUUUCUUUGUUUCGCUUUGCUUUGUUUUGCAGUAAUGUUUUGUUAAGAACAAAAGGAAUUGUUGCCAGGUUAUUCUGAUGUACUCUAUUUGUCAGCCUGAGGGAGAGGCACUGUUGAAGCUUUGGCUUUCAUCCUGUGCUUCAUCAAUGAGGAAAAGGGAUGAAGUUUUUUAAAACUGCCACAAUUGUGUUUUAAUUUUGAGGUGUGAUAUUUUUAAACAUGUCAGAAUUUCAAGCCUUUUUCUUUCAGUAAACAGAAUGUAUGAUCAUGCAGAUACAAUUUUAGCAUUUGAGUUUAAUUUUUUUUAUACUUCUUUGCCAAUAACAUUGCUGUCACGUGGAAUUUCAGGCACUUUUGCACACUUAGUUCAACGUUUGUUGAGAAUCCAUGGCUUAAUUCUGUUUUUUAAAUAUUUUUGUCUUUGCUUUUAAAUUUGGCCAUCUGGUUUUAUCUCCGUGUGUCAGUGACCUAUCUUAAAACAACACACCAAAAGAGUCAAAAAUAAACUGUGUUCAUUUUUUAUGAUCAAUUACAUGCAUAUAAGUUGUUUUUAAUCAAACUGAUCUUAAUGUAUAUAUAAGCAUUCUAUUUGCUUCAUUAUUGGUGCAGGUCACUGACUACUUCUUUUCCUCUGUACCACACCCCUGUAUAAAACCUUUGAAGACAUUGAAAAAAGCCUGUCUGGAAUAUUCUCUGCAUCAAUCUGUACAUCUAUCGGUUGUCAAGUGUUUUUGCAUGGUUAUGUCAUUUAAAAGCUGAUGCUGAUUUCAGUUGGUCCACCUAUAUUUAAAAUGUGCAAGGAAAAUAUGAAAUACUUUGCUGUAUCAAGUUUUAUGUGACAAAAAUAUAUCAUCAUGUUAAUAAAUUUAAUACAUCAUUUGUAUAAAAUAUUUUAAUUAGUUUUUGGCCCAAGAACAUGCUGAUCAUUGUAUUCUAUGUGUAUGCUACAAAUUCUAUGGUAGCUUUAUUGUAUAUUAUUGUAAAAUUAUUUUAAUAAAUCUUGGGGAUGACACUUUGAUUAUUACGCUUUAGUUUUCAGCAAUUAAAAAGAUUUAGACUAUGCCUAGGUAGAUGCCCCUAGGCGUACAUUGGUUUUGAGGGCUAUUUCGCCAUUCCCAUCUUACUCUCCACUUAAAGGACAUGAGGAAGCUCUCUGAUAUGUCAAGAGAGUCUAUUUCCAACCAAUCAAGUACACUGAAUUAGAAUAUCUUAAAGUUAUAUAAAACUCACAGUUUCAGCCACAGUUUAGCCAAGAAUGAAAUAAAAACUUGAAUAAUCAGUGGAAUAAAUCAGUAUUUAACCUAAAAUCACAUUAUUUGAAACAGAAGAAAUGACAUUUUUCCUCAGUAAAUAAUAAGGAGAUGGCAUUGCAGAGGAAGGACCCCUGACUCAAAAGUCAAGAAAUUUGGGUCUUAGGCUUGUCUGUCACAGUCAGGAUGACCUUGGCCUUAGCGCUACAAAAUGAGUUCCAUUUUGAUCAAAAUGAGUUCUAAGGUCUUUUCUAAUUUUCACAUGUCAUGACAAGAUUCUUUUUAUUUGACAGUUUGAAGGGAUAAUGUGCUUUGAAGUAAGUCUUGGUAAGGUGAUAUUUUAGGGCCUUUCUUCUCUUUCUUCUCCUUAUCUCUUACAGUGUUCUUAAAAUUUUUUGAAUAUCACAAGGACUUCAUGUCUCUUUUGAUUCCUUCCUCCUUCACUGAUGCUAAAAAUCCAAUUGAUAUCAAACGGUCAACCUACCAAAAAAGAUAUUGUGGCUUGUGGGUAUUGCUGUCUUUUUUUUGAUAUGUUCUUGUAUUGACUGCCCAUUGGCCUGAAAAUACUCAUCAAAAGCCUAAAAAAAAAAAUCAUUUUUUUCCCACUGACUGUUUUAUCUGCUUGUUGUAAGAAUCAAAUGAAAUAAUGUAUGUGAAAGCACCUUGUAAACUGUAACCUAUCAAUGUAAAAUGUUAAGGUGUGUUGUUAUUUCAUUAAUUAAUUCUUUGUUUAGAAUGGAAUUUCCUAUGCACCACUGUAGCUAGGAAAUGCUGAAAACAACUGUGUUUUUUAAGUAAUCAUAACAGCAAAAUUAAAGUAUCUUCAAAGGAUAAAACA